AUGGCGUCAUUGAUCUUAAUCACUCGAAUGAUCGUGUUUUAUCUCGGCCUAUUUUUCUUUAUGGGUGGCAUUAUAGGUAGUUUGAUGCAAGUGUUCAUUUUUAUGACAGUAUCCUAUUAUCGAAAAACACCGUGUACAUUCUAUUUUUUAAUUGCUGCUAUACAUGAAUUUGGUUUGUUUAUAACUGCCAUUGGUCCGUAUGUGAUUGCUGCAGGCUUGGGUGUUGACUUGGCACGUAUUUCUAUUGUUUGGUGCAAACUUCGCUAUUUUCUUGCAGCAGGUUUCGGUGCCGUUUCUUCGACUUGUGCAUGUUUGGCUACCAUUGAUCAGUUCCUCACCACAUCUCAACAUGCUCAUUUUCGUCAAAAGAGCACCAUGAAAAAUGCGUAUAGAACUUCUUUAUUCGCUGUUAUCAUAUGGUGGCUUCAUGGCUGCCUUUGGCUAUAUUUUCAAGAUAUGUCACCUAAAAGAGGAACUUGUUUUUAUAGAAUUAAUGCAUUCUUUAUCUACACGGCAUUUUUAUUCUGUAUUGGUAUCUGUAUUAUUCCUAUUCUAACUACGGUGACAUUCGGAAUUUUAACUUAUCGAAACAUGAAAAAUAUAAUUGCUCUCGCACGUCUUCGUAUUGAUCGACAAUUUACAAGCAUAGUUUUCAGUCAGGUCCUACUCUCAUUAAUAGGUCUUAGUCCGUACGGUAUCAAUUUGGUUUAUUUAAUAACCACGAGUAAUAUUCAGAAGAAUACUGAUCGAAUAGUCAAGGAGUCUUUGGUUGCUAAUAUCGCUUAUCUUUUUUGCUCCGUUGCCUAUGGUGGAAGAUUCUAUCUUUUCAUAUUUUUGUCGCAUCGUUUUCGUCAAACAGUGAAGAAUCGAAUCUUAUGGUGGCGAACAACAGCACCACCGGCUAUUUUGAUAUGA